GGUGACAGCGAGCGCUCUAUGUAUAGACUGACGCUACUUAUCAGGGCGCCGUUACCGCAUGUGUGUGUACAGUAGCCGGCCGGCUGGAGGAGCUGCUGCCCGUAUCCAGGGCGCUCACGUGAGCUGUGAUAAGAUUGACAAUGCCAUGAAUAACUAUGAGAUGCAUUCUGGAUGACUCCUUGCAUUCUUGUUGUGGACUAACCAGUUAUAUCUCCUUACUCGCCCACUUAUUUUUUUUUUUCUGGUCUUUCUACCUUUUUUUUCUUUUUUGACAUUCGAGACGUUGUGACUCUACUCACUGGUUCCUUGCACCACCUCCCAGGAUCAUGUUUUAAUAAACUGUCAUUUUGACAAGCUGAUUUGGGGUUGGUGUAGUUUUGGCCUUUUGAAGGGUUACGCUUUGGAGCAGUCACUCAAAUUUAUUUUUCUUUCCCGCCUCAUCAUAUCUAGGUGAUUAAUGGGGAGCGACUGUAUCUCUUUAAAAGCCAUAGAGGGCAAAGACUAUUUUGGAGUGCUCUCUCCAGAGCGUGGGCGAGUGUCACCCUUGGCAUAUAAGUAUUGUUUUGACUAUAUACAGUCUUAAAGGUCAUCACAAUGCCUCCUGUUUCUGAACAUCGAGAUGAUGGCGGUCCCACUAACAUGGUCCAUCCUGCUUUAGAGAGCCAGGAACACCUGGAUGCAGAUAACAAUCCUCUCAUGGUAAACCCAAAUUUUUUGGAGACAGAUGGAAGUGAGGUAGUGGUCAUAGGUUCCCGUGCAAAUACCAAAGGGGUGCAAGAAGAGGAUGCCUUACUGGAGAAUGGUAGUCAGAGCACUGAGAGUGAAGAUCCAAAUAUUGAGCCUUCUUGUGAGGCUGUGGUGCCGCUGAAAGAAACUUCAUUUUCUAUUGGGCUUCAAGUUCUCUUUCCUUUCUUACUGGCUGGAUUUGGAACCGUGGCUGCAGGGAUGGUUCUCGACAUAGUGCAGCACUGGGAAGUGUUUACAAAUGUUACAGAAGUGUUCAUUUUGGUGCCUGCUCUACUGGGCCUUAAAGGAAAUCUGGAAAUGACUCUAGCAUCUCGCCUCUCAACUGCGGCCAAUAUUGGACAAAUGGAAACUGCCAAAGAGAAGUGGUCGAUGAUUGUUGGUAAUAUGGCACUAAUACAGGUACAAGCAACAGUUGUGGGUUUCCUGGCUUCAAUCGCAGCAGUUAUUUUUGGCUGGAUCCCAGAUGGCCAUUUCCUUAUAGAACAUGCUGUGCUGUUAUGUGCGAGCAGUGUCUCUACUGCAUUCAUUGCUUCUCUGGUCCUGGGUCUUGUAAUGAUUGGGGUCAUCCUUGGUUCCAAGAAGCUUGGUAUUAAUCCUGACAAUGUGGCUACACCUAUUGCUGCCAGCCUUGGAGACCUGGUUACUUUGGCUUUGCUAUCUGGUAUUAGCUGGGGCCUCUACAAAGAAAUGAAAGUCAAUGUGUUUGUCAACCUUGUUGUGUGCCUGUUGUUCAUAUCUCUGCUACCUUUAUGGUUUAUAAUUGCAAGAAGAAAUCCAGCAACAAGGCAGGUGCUGGCAACUGGAUGGGAGCCGGUUAUCAUUGCUAUGGCCAUCAGCAGUGUUGGUGGAUUGAUUUUGGAUAAAACCGUGUCUGAUCCCAACUUCGCGGGAAUAGCUGUUUUCACACCUGUCAUAAAUGGUGUUGGCGGGAACUUGGUUGCUGUGCAGGCCAGCCGUAUAUCAACAUACCUUCACAUGAUGGGAUCGCCAGGAGAUGACAUCGGUCUUGUUCCUCGCAAAUGCCCCAGUCCGUGUAGAACGUUCUGCAGUUCUGAUGUGAACUCUCGUUCAGCUCGUGUGUUAUUCUUACUAGUGGUGCCAGGCCACUUGGUUUUCUUGUACAUAAUAAACUCUAUGAAGGGUGGACACACAACAAUGACACUGAUUUUCAUGAUCUUCUACAUGACAGCGGCAUUGCUUCAGGUUCUAGUUCUCCUCUACCUUGCAGACUGGAUGGUUCAUUGGAUGUGGAGCAGAGGGAUGGAUCCCGACAACUUUUCAAUUCCCUAUCUCACUGCCUUGGGGGAUCUCCUGGGCACAGGGCUGCUUGCUCUUAGUUUUUAUGUACUCUGGCUAAUCGGAGACCGUGACACUGAUGUGGGAGACUGAACGUCAGCCUGCUUGACGUACAUGGUGUGGGGACCAUUAUAUGGCCUGGAUGAUUCAACAGGAAUCUAAUUAGAAAUAAGUGCAAUUUUUAUUUUUUUUUCAUAUAUAUUUAGUACACUGCAACUUAUGUUAAAGAUGUGCUAGAAUAUUUUGAGCUGCUAUGUUUUACACAGCAAGGCCUGGUACCCCUGUAUGUGCAGCUGGACCUGCUUCUGAGCCCCUUGCAUGUAUUACUGCUGCCCACUUUAGCAGCAUUAAUAUGCAUGUUUAAGGCACUAGAAGUCUUUAAAUAUAUAUAUUUUUGUACCAAAGUUGGUUAUAAAUUCUUCACUUGACAUAUAAUUACUUGGCUAGCUAUGCCCUCCUUUGAGAAAAUUCAAAAUGUUUACACUUGUAAACAGGUUUUGUAAAAAAAAAAAGGUCACUGUAAAUUCUAUACAACACAUCUUCAGCAGCUUGAAGUCCAGGGCAGAUCCUUCCCAAAAAGAUCAAGGCUGUGAUAUCCAGUGAACAAUAGUAAAUGCACUGGAGGGGAAUUUUACUAAAGAUUAUUCAGUGUACACACAUCUAUGAAAUUACCCUUACACUUGUAUAUAUUGAUAAAGUAUGUACUGUAUUAGACAACUUGGACCACAAUAUAAGAGCAUGAGGUCUCUGGCUGUAUAGUUGUAAUGUGCUGCCACACUGCCUCUUAUACACAGCUCUUCAUUGGAUAAGGCCAGGUACAUAGUUUUCAGUAUCUAACCAUUGCAGUAUUUUAUAAGGUGUGCAAUGCCACCCAAGCACAACCAGCAAAUCUGUGAAAAUGUGGGAAUUUGAACAUGGAUCUUUCCAUUUUGCAAUAUCUGGAAUAAAUCUGUGGCAGAAUAAAAUGUGCUAUGGACUUAAGUGUAGACUUAAAGGGGAGCUCCGCGCCUAGACAUCUUAUCCCCUAAAAUGUCCGGGGGAGUCCCGCCGCUGGGGACCCCCGUGAGCUCUCCUGCAGCCACCUAGACAUC